AACAUGCUCAGGCGCUGUUGGGGUCCAGCCGUCACAACGCGUUGGAUAAAAGGUCUUGUGCUGACAGUAUUAUUGACACACCAGGUACACGGCGAAACUAGUCAUCAACAGCGGCCUUUGACAGGUCAUAGAGAGAAAUAAGACAGCAUAACCAGAAGAGAAACGAGAUUCACCUCAUUGUCCACCAAUAACUCACGAUGAAGUUCAACACUGCACUGUUCCUUGCGACUGCAGGCUCCCUCGUUGCCGCCCAGGGUGCCCAUCGCCAUGGUCACCGCCACUUGCACCGUCGCGACACCGCCUCUGCUGUUGCGACUGAUGUCGUCUAUGUCUACCAGCUCGAUGGCAAGGAGAUCUCUGCUGAGCAGGUCUGCGAAGGCGUGAAGAGCGGCAAGUACCUCUGGGCCGACGGCACCGCUCCUGCUGGCGCUUGCGCUGCUGCCAGCGCGACUCCUGCUCCCUCCUCGUCCGCCCCUGUCGAGGGCGCUGGUGAGUUCUUCGAGACUCCCUCGUCCUCGUCCACCCCGACUCCCACCCCGACGCCUACUCCGUCGACCAGCUCGACCUCGUCUUCGUCUUCGUCGACUUUCACUUCUUCGUCGACCAUUUCGCUCACCUCGUCGACCGCUUCUUCGUCGACCUCCACCUACUCCAGCUCCUCUGCCUGGACCAGCACCUCUGUCGCGUCCUCCUCUCCUUCGCCCUCCUCCACCGGAAGUGGUCAGGGCGGCGUGACCAUUCUCAACGAGGUCGGCCAGACCAUCUACCUCUGGACCACCAGUGAGCAGGCCGGUAACAUGGUCACUCUGCCCAACGGCCAGAGCUACUCUGAGAACUGGCAGACCAACCCCGAUGCCGGUGGUAUCUCCGUUAAGAUCUCCACGACCCCCGACCUUGACGACGUCAUGCAGUUCGAGUACACCCUCCUGACCCCCAUCAUCUGGUGGGACGUCUCUCUGAUCAACAUGGAGAUUACCUCUCUGUUUGACAAGCUGGGUUUCAGCGUCACCUCAGACAACUCCAACUGCUAUCAAGUCAACUGCCCGGCUGGUGAUACCGCCUGCAACGACGCUUACCUCUGGCCCACUGACGACCAGGCCACCCACAGCUGUGACUCCACAACCCACAUGACCCUCCACCUGGGUAAGUCUCUGAGCCUGUAAGAGGUCUAAGGGACGAGUCAGAUCGCAGCCAUCAUGAGAAAACCAAGUCGGUGCUGGUGUAAAGUCGCACUCACAUACAACACAAUUCAUGCAGUUCCUCGGG